AAAGGGGGCUGACAUGACUCAGGUGUUUCUAUACAUAUAAAUGCUCACACGGGACAGUGAAAGAUCCGUCGCUCUCUCUCUCUCUCUCUUCGUAUUUGUGCUUCUUUCGUGCGUGUAGCAGGUUACCGGUGUCCAAGCUGUGAUGGAGCGCUGGCGUGGCAGAGUGGCUCUGGUGACCGGAGCCUCGGUCGGGAUUGGGGCGGCUAUAGCUGUAGAGUUGGUCCGACUCGGUAUGAAAGUGGUGGGCUGCGCCAGGGACGUCGCAAAAAUUCAGAAACUGGCAGCAGAGUGUCAGAGCGCCGGUCACCCUGGUGUUUUGGUUCCUUUCAAGUGUGACUUGACCAAAGAGGAGGAGAUUCUGGCCAUGUUUGCAGCGAUUAAAGAGCAGCACAAAGGCGUGGAUGUGUGCAUCAACAACGCUGGCUUAUCUCAUCCAGAGCCACUGCUAAGUGGCAAAACCAGCGGCUGGAAGAACAUCAUGGAUGUGAAUGUUCUUGCACUGAGCAUCUGCACACGUGAAGCUUAUCAGUCAAUGAAAGAGAGAAAUGUGGAUGAUGGGCACAUCAUAAACAUAAACAGCAUGUGUGGACAUCAUGUCUUUGAUUUUGCUGAUCUACAUUUCUACACCGGCACGAAGUAUGCUGUAACUGCUCUGACUGAGGGCCUGAGACAGGAGCUGCGUGCUGAAAAGAGUCAUAUCCGAGCCACAAGCAUUUCUCCUGGUUUAGUGGUGACAGAAUUUGUAUCACGGGCCAACAAUCCUGAUCAAGUGGCUGGCAUAUAUGCCUCAUAUAAGGCUCUGCAAGCAAAGGAUCUUGCCAGUGCUGUCACGUACGUCCUCAGUGCCCCUCCUCAUGUUCAGAUUGGAGAACUUCUGCUCGAAGCUAUACAGUAGGUGUCAUGCAGCUUUUGUUGCCCCAGCAACUCCAGGACCAGGCUAGUCUUCACAUUAAGGUGGUGUGAUUGACUCAUCUGGCUACUCAACACAGCAAGAUCAAUUUACAGAAUACGGAAAGAAACAAUAAGGAAAUUUGUCCAAGAGUUAACUGUCUGACUUUUUGAUGUUGUCCUGAAAAUUUGACGCUAAUAUAAUAAAAUUAUUUUCAAAGGAA